AUGGAACGCAAGGCCCGCUCACCCCCAAUGCUGGAGAUUUUGGAGAGAUUACCGCUUGAUCUUUUUCGUAUUGAGUUCUUUGGGGACGAGAUGAUUUUGCACAUGCCUGUGGCCGCGUGGCCUCGCUGCGAUGCUUUAAUUGCAUUUUUCUCACAAGGUUUUCCGCUGCAAAAAGUUCAGCAGUAUGUGGAGCUGCGUCAUCCUGUAGUUGUAAAUGAUCUGAGUGCACAGUACCUUCUUCAAGACCGCCGAGAGGUUUAUCGUGUGCUACAGGAACACGAUGUCCCAACGCCGCGUCAUGUUUUCGUUAGUCGCGAUGGAUAUGGUGGUCAGGAAAAAAAUCCUGAAGUCGUUGAAGGGGAUGACUUUAUUCAGGUUGAUGGUUUUCGUAUCAACAAACCGUUUGUAGAGAAGCCUGUGGACGGAGAGGAUCAUAAUGUUUACAUUUACUACCCAAUGAGCGCUGGUGGGGGUUGCAAGCGCUUGUUCCGGAAAGUUGGGAAUCGAUCGAGUGAAUACGAUCCACAAGUAAAUACUGUGCGACAAGGAGGUUCGUACAUUUAUGAGGAGUUUUUAUCUACACAGGGGACAGACGUCAAGGUAUAUACGGUGGGGCCACAUUAUGCCCACGCUGAAGCUCGAAAGUCUCCUGUUUUGGACGGUCGAGUUGUGCGAGACGCAGAUGGAAAAGAAAUUCGAUACCCAGUCAUUUUGUCAACCGAGGAGAAACAAAUUGCUUAUCGAAUAUGCAGAGCUUUCAAGCAAACUAUCUGCGGCUUUGAUAUUUUACGCGUACGCGAUGCCUCUUAUGUGUGCGAUGUUAAUGGCUGGAGUUUUGUCAAGAAUUCGGAAAAAUAUUACGAUGACUGCGGUAUUUUACUUACUCAAUACCUGGAGCAAGCGCUGGCAGGCGGAGGAGCAAUGACGGACGAAGACUUUGGCAUUGAUAGCUCUGCCUUUGGCUCAGUCACGUUUCGAUUCGCACCUGAUGCCCCAUUCUCGAGUACAGAACUUUCGGAACCACCUACGGCACACAGACACGCACUUUAUCGUGGUCCUUCUACGUCAGUCGCCGAGUCGGAAUUGUCUGAGGCCGACAGUAUUACGGAUGGAAAAGACGACGCUUUGUAUCAAGAAGAAGAGUUGCGUUGCGUUUUGGCUGUCAUUCGACAUGGUGACCGUACACCCAAGCAAAAGAUGAAAAUGAACGUCUGUCAUCCCGCUUUUCUACAAUUUUACGAGGAUCGAUUGCGUGAAUCUCAGCAAGAAAAUGGAGACGGAAUUGAUUUAAAAACACAGAAGAAAAUGGAUCUCAAAGUAAAGGCUGUUGCGAAUUUGGAGCGUUUGCUUCAGGUGAGCACCGAUCUGUUAUUAAAAUACGAAAACCGAGAUCCUGCUUUCAUGAAUUUCUUGGAACAGCGCGAGGUCAAGUUCGGUGAAGAUGCAACGGACCGUGUGAAAGGUUAUCGCACACUUCGUGAUGUGUUGCAACGAUGGCAACUUGUAGGUAUUAAUCGUAAAGUGCAGCUGAAGCCUAAAGACUUUGUGACAAUACCAGCUGGAGGAACUGACAACAAUGGGGAACAGGUCACAACGAGUCGAGUCAGUAAAUUGCUCUUGAUAAUCAAAUGGGGAGGAGAUCUGACUCACACAGGUGAAGAGCAAGCUGAACAUCUGGGGCAGAAAUUUCGGCGUAUGAUGUACCCUGGUGGUGCUGGUGGCUUGAAUCGUCUCCAUUCAACGUACCGACACGAUUUGAAGAUUUACACAAGUGACGAAGGUCGUGUUCAAAAGACCGCAGCAUCGUUCGCUAAAGGUUUAUUGGAGCUUGAGGGUGACAUCAUUCCUAUCCUUGUUGGCCUUGUUUUAAAGUCCAAAGACGCAGACUCAAUGUUAGACCAGUCGGGAUCCUCCGCACAAGAGAUUAUUAUGCGGGUAAAACAGCGUCUGCACAAAAUAAUUCAUCGUGAAGACCAUUGCAGCCAAUUAAUUGCAUCUAAUUCUCGACUAAUUCGUUCCGUAGCACUUGCACUUACUAAAGUGGACCAGCCGAUUCGAAAAAUGGGGAUAAUGCAUAAGCUACUGCAGUCGCUGAAGGAGCAACUUACUCGAAUGAUACAAGAAAAAGCUCAGUACAAGACUGAGAUUGACAGGUGGCUGCAGGAGAAAGCUGAUGCAGGUCGCCUGGUAGUACCUGCAAUCGGUCGCUCAGCGAGUGUAAAUGAGUUAAAUCAAUCCAAAAGCCGUCACGUCCACUCAUACACUCCGCGCGAAAAACACAGUAAUGGAAGCAAUAUUUCUAGUGAUGCUGCCAACAGCAGCGUGAGUUUACGUAAGUUACGAUCGCAAGAAACAUUGCCUCCUGAGGAAAUUAAAUACCCUGAACCUUGUGGUCGCGAGACUCUUGAAGUUAUGAGAGAGCGAUGGGCUAAGCUCUACCGUGAUUUUUACGUUAAGAAACGCGACACAUACGAUCUGUCCAAAAUCCCAGAUAUUCACGACUGUAUUCGAUACGACGCAGUGCACAAUGCCCACUUAAAUCUUACCGACGUACGUGAGCUGCUAGAAAUUUCAAGCGCGCUAUCUCACGCUCUCGUGCCCCAAGAGUAUGGCAUCAACGCGGACGAGAAGAUUUUUAUUGGGUCAGCCAUGUGCCGAACUCUCUUAUCAAAAAUCAACAUUGACCUGGAUUUAGCCCGCGGCCUUCAGCCGGACGUUGUGAAAGACCACAACACACACCGUCUCAAUCCGUCCUACGCCAAGAAAGUCAAGUCAGCUCACCGUUCGGUGCGCACACGUUUGUAUUUUACAAGUGAGUCACACUUGCACUCAUUAUUAAACGUUCUUCGAUAUGGGCGCGAGGAUUGCGCUAUUAAAAGCCCAAUCGGUGAGGAAUCACGCAAGUGGAUUGAAGACAUUCCCGAACUUUGCUAUAUGACGCACUUCGUUGUACGUGUGUUUGAGCGCGUUCAAUUUGCACUAUCGGACCCUCAACGAUUUCGUGUUGAAAUAUCCGUCUCUCCUGGUGCAGACAGAGAUCCUUUAACGUCUGAUCCAGAAAAGCAAAUUGAGGUCGCGCCGCUAAAAAUCAUUUCGCAUGAGGGUCUCACCUGUCAAGAGCUUGUCGAUUACAUCGCUGAUUGUAUCCACUACGCUGAACAGAACGAAAUGAAAGAAAUGAUGAGUCGAACAGUAGCGGUCGAAAAAAGGGACAAUCCAGAGACCGUUAAUGGUGAUAACAGCAAAAACAGCGGGGAUGUUACACCGACAAAACGAUCGGGUUACUCGCUGAGUAACAAUAGCAGUGAUAGCAAUCUUAGCACUGAGAGCUAG